AUGUCUUUUGUAGAUAGUUCGGUUUGGCACAUACUUCUCGGGCUUGGCCUGAUUCUGCCAACAUGUUUGGCUGCCAGCUUUGAUCCGGAACUCAUUUGUACACUGGUCGUUGAUGGCACCAAAAUUAACGAUCCGCGUGUUUGCAAUGCCUGGAUACAGUGCGUCGAUGGCAAACCCGUAAGCGGCACCUGCGACGAUGGACUUUUCUAUGCCAGGCAAACUGGGGAUUGCGUGCCAUCCGCCGAUGUCAAGUGCAUCUCUAGCGAUCCUUGCGCGGCACAGCCGAAUGGCUUUGCCGCCGAUCCGUACUCCUGCAAUGGCUAUUACUAUUGUAGGGAGGGUGUGGGCACUCGCGGCGUGUGCAAUAACGGACUCAACUAUAAUCCGGGCACCGAGUCAUGUAUACGUGAUUUUCCGUGUAGUGACAAAAUGAAUCCGGACAGCUACUGCAACAUUCUGCCUGAUGGCGUCUUCGUUAAGGACACCCUCAAUUGCAAUGGCUGGCAAAUGUGCUGGAAGGGCGAGGUCAUCAAUGGUACCUGCCCCGCCACCUUCUACUUCAGCGCCAAAAAGGGCGACUGUGACUAUCCACAGAAUGUGGAGUGCGCGAUCACGGAGCCACCGCCGUUGACAGCAGCGCCAGAGGCUUGCCCCAAAGCGGGCAGCUUCAUCUCCGAUGAGAGCAGCUGCAAUGGCUACUAUUAUUGCCGUGAGGGUGCCGAUGGUCAAAUGCUGCUGCAGCAUGGCGAAUGCGACGAUGGUCGCUUCUUUUCUGCCCGGGAUGGUGGCGCCUGUGUGCCGCGAUCAAAGCUCCAGUGCGAUUACGAUCGAUGCGUCGACCUUGGCUACACGGGCAUACAGCUGGCCAACGAGUCGAAUGAUGGCUGCACGGGCUUCGCCAUAUGCCAGGACGGUGUCAAAAUUGGCGAGGGCACCUGCCCAAAUGGCGAUUACUUCGACGAGCUGACUCAGCGCUGCACCACCGAGGUCAUAGCGUACACAGCCUGCGCCCUAUCAAGCCAAUCCACAACACAAAUCGCGCUGCUAACAAUGAUGGAUGACGACACCAGCACAGACGCUCGAGAGGCACGGGCCAGGGCUUAAGGCUCAAGGCAGGGGUUUGGUUUGGGUUGACCCAAUCGAUUUCAUAAAUUUAUACGCAUAUAUACUCAU